AUGAAGAAAGCCCACCCUGUCUGCUGCUGUGAUUCCUGCGGAGUGCUGGGAUCCUGCUCUGACUCCGCCGUGCAGCCUGGUUUCAUCAUUGGGCCUGGAUGGCAGGGACAUGCUGGAGCAGAGAUAGUCGAAAACACAAGCAGAACUGGUUGCUGGUGCAUUUCGGACCAUGGGCUGGAUGAAAGACAAAAGCAGCAGGGAGCGUCCAGCAGUCAGAGAAUGAUCCAAACAGUAAUGGCUCAAACCACAGCCACCGCUGCAGGAUCCAGUACCAUAAACUUCCUACAGAGCCUUCAGGCUGCAGCUGACCUCCUCUGCUCUGAGGAGGCACAAGUCCUACUACUGGCUCUGCUCUGCUCCAUUACUGUGGGCCUCUGUGGAAUCAUUCCUUUACUUGUCAUUCCCAUAGAAGCAUGUGCAGCUGUCAAAACUGAAGCUGGAUCUCAGAGACUGAAGCAGCUCUUGAGCUUUGCCAUUGGUGGUCUUCUUGGAGAUGUUUUCCUUCAUCUCUUGCCUGAGGCUUGGGCGCUGUCUGGCUCCUCUGUGAGUAAACAAAAUCACUACACAUCCCAAGGCUUCUGGUUAAUUGCUGGUUUGUUGGCCUUUUUACUAUUGGAGAAGAUGUUUCCAGAUGAGGACAGCAAUAAAAGCGCCACGGCUAAGUCAGAUUUGAAUUUCAACUCUAAACAGUCUAUUUCAGUUUUCUGUGGAAAGACAGACAUGUCACUCCAAAACGGGCAUCAGACUGACUCAUGGAAAUCUAAGAACCCGUGUCCGCUGCAAUCGGCUCCGAAAAUUAAGACAAGUGGCUAUUUAAACCUGUUGGCAAACUGCAUAGACAACUUUACUCAUGGCCUGGCAGUAGGAGGAAGCUUCCUGGUUAGCAAAAAGGUUGGCCUCCUCACCACCUUUGCUAUCCUGCUCCAUGAAAUCCCCCACGAGGUGGGAGACUUUGCCAUUUUGCUGCGUGCUGGGUUUGAUCGCUGGAGUGCUGCACGCAUGCAGCUGUCCACGGCUAUGGUCGGGGUCCUGGGGGCAUGCGUGGCCCUCUACACUCAGCCUUCAAAAGGAACAGAAGACACAGCCUCCUGGAUAUUACCUUUCACUUCUGGUGGAUUCCUCUACAUUGCUUUGGUCAAUGUUGUCCCUGAUCUUCUGCAGGAGUCCAGUUUGAGGCAGUCCAUGCUCCAGAUCUUUCUCCUUUUCUCCGGCGUAGCUGUCAUGGCUCUUCUGUCGGUCGUCGUUUAA